AAUUAACAUCGAGUGACAUUGGUUUUGUGUCGCACCGGUAUACACUCUUUUGAUUUCAAUCGAUGAUAGAAGACUUGAAGAAAAUGAUUCCCCGUUUGAAUAAGUUUAUUCAGUCAUCUUACCCGAAAACCAUCCGAUAUUUUUCAAGUUCACGAACACCGUGCAAAUCUGUUAUGUAGACAUUUUAUGCAUCGUUCUCAUUCCUAUUCGACGAUAUGUGGUGUGCAUUGCACGAAACGUUGUUGUGUAUACAGAGCAAGCGUGUCAUGUCAACCGACAGAAACUCAACGACAGUUUAAUGUAUUGUUAUCUCCUAAACAUAUUCUCCGUACGGGUGAAAUUCCUAUACUUUCACGUGAGAAAACUCUUAAUCAAUGCCCCUCUGGUGGUUUCGGUUUGGGGUUCGUGACAUCGAGGACCCUGUCUAUAGAAUCGUCACUGAAUUCGUUUUACAACGUAUUGGGUAUAAUGGUGGACAGUUGGCCAGUGGAACUGUCCAGACAAUUUUUCUUCUGUCUACAUGAUACCAUUGGAAUGCCAUGGUGGUCGGUUAUUAUUUCUGGGACGGUUUUGUUCAGAUUAGCAUUGCUACCUUUGACUGUCCUCAGUUUACAGUCUCAAGCAAAGCUCACAACAAUUUCACCACAGAUAAGAAAUAUGUCGGCACAAAUUGCUGGAGAUGUGGCUGCUGAUGGACUCUAUCGUCGUGUGAAACCAAAUGCAGUGAAAAAAGAAACUCGUUUACAAAUAACUCAGAUGAAACGUGACCUUUAUGUGAAGCAUAACUGUUCUCCAAUGAAACCUUUUUGUAUUGUGUAUGUUCAAAUUCCUGUGAUUGUAACCUGUGGAUUGGCACUUCGGUCAUAUACAGGACGACUAGGGCCAUUAGCGGAUAACUACUUCCAGCCAGAAAUGUGCCUGGAGGGUUUAGCAUGGUUUUCCAAUCUUACCAUUGCCGACCCGUACUUCAUACUACCAACCAUUGGAUUCCUUUGCACUUUCUGUGGACUAGAGUAUUCCAUGUUGCUGAGGAAAGUCAACCAAAACCAAGUAAACUGGGGUGUUGCCGUGGUACCCGAGACGAAAGUACAGAAGGGUUUGAACUACCUUACACGAUUUGGCCAGGGCGUGGUCACCGUGAUUUUCCCAUUCCUGUGCUUUGCCCCUAGUAGUAUUACCCUAUAUUUCAGCACAAUGAGUGUAUGGAGUUUAACGCAGAUGCUUGCCCUAAACACACCAUCAGUCAAGAGAGCUCUGGGCAUUCAGAAGAGUAAACUGGACAGUCCAACUCCUCACAGGGAUGUUCUCAAUGCAUUCCAGGCAAAAUACCUCAGACAUAAAAAGGAAUCGCCAUAGUCAAAACACAAAUAACCAUUGUAAGAUCCGCCGAUUUUUGAAAAAAAAAAUUGAGGAUAGUUCCAGAUAAGCUUUGUCAUUUUUUUGCAAUAAAA